UAUCCCUGUCACCUAGAGAAAAUACGAAGAACGGCGCAAAUGCGAGGAGAAAAUGUUCGAAUUGAUUCUCGAAUACGCGGAGAUAAAUGUUUCCGCUUUUCUUGCGAAAGGAUUAAUUCUUUCUGAGAGUGCGACUUUAUCGUAUCGUAAAAUAUGACAAUUAAUCCAAGGCUGCGUUUACAAAAUACAUUCUUCCUUUUCCUCGUCGCAUGUGUCGUUCUUCGUAUCAGUGAUGCUGUUUCAAAAAUACAAGAGAUUAAUUAUGGAAUGUUUGACCGGAUGAAUAAUGAAUUUGAAUUACUGAAUCGAGCGAUCGCUAAUUUAGAAUGGCAAACCUUCAAAAAUUAUUCCAGCGUACCAUUAGAAGUGUAUAUGCAAUUUGUCCAAUUAAAACUAAAUCGAAGAAAUGAAUGGUGCGCACAAUUUAUGGACCUUCAAGAUAAUGGAGUAUCCGUGAAUCCAAAAUUGCUGCGCUUUUUGUGCAAAGGGCCAAAAUACACCAAUGAAAUGGCAACAGAGAUUACUGUUAUCAAAGAAUUGUUGUCAUCCGUAUAUGGUUCUGCACAGAUUUGUAAAAUUGAAGAUUAUAAAUGGAAAUGUUAUAACGAUGAAUCAGACGCGACAAAAUUAAUGGCGACUUCGAGAAACGAAAGAGAAUUACGUUGGAUUUGGACUGCUUGGAGAAAUCGUAUGAGUCAUACAAAAGAACUUUUUAGACUAUUAGUUAAUCUCCAAAAUAUUGCUGCGCAAAAGAAUGGCUACGCUGAUAUCGGAGAAUACUGGAGGGAGGAGUUUGAGAUUCCAGAUUUGGAGGACAUGUUCGAAGAAAUGUAUCAACGUAUCAAGCCAUUAUAUCGUCUUCUUCACGCUGUUGUGAGAUUCCAUCUCGCGAGAUUGUAUCCCGACGUUGUUGAUGUGUCUCUGCCAAUUCCCGCUCAUUUGUUAGGUAACUUGUGGUCGCAAAGUUGGGAAGCGUUGAUCGACGUGAUAUUUCCAAAUUACACCACGAUUAUGCCGAACCUAACAAACGCAAUGAUACAAAAAAAUUAUAAUGUUAUUAAAAUGAUAAAAAAGGCAAAUGAUUUUUACAUGUCUCUUGGAUUUCCCUCCUUGACGCCAGAAUUUUGGAAAAAUUCUAUCUUUGAACAAAAAAUGGGUAGGAGAUCCAACUGUCACGCAACUGCUGUCAAUAUGUACAAUAAGAAUGACUUCAGAAUGAUCGCAUGUUUAGAGACGAGGCCAGAAGAUUUUAACGUUAUUUAUCAUGAGAUUGGUCAUAUACAGUAUUAUAUGGCAUAUCAGAAUCAAUCAUCUUUUUUUAAGAAUGGAAUCAAUAGUGCUUUCCACGAGUCGAUAGGCGAUGCUAUUUCGUACAGUGCAACUUCCUUUCGACACAUGCAACGUCUGGGAUUAAUACGUAAUACGUCCACAUCGUUCGUCAGUUCGUCCGAGACUAAUUCACGUUCGCAGAAUUCAUUAGAAAUGGCUAUUCUUCUGACACAAGCUCUGCUCAAAAUACCACAACUGUCCAGCGGAUUGAUAAUAGAAAAAUGGAGAUGGUCUGUCUUCUCUGGCAAGACGAAACCUUCGAGAUACAACACAUUCUGGUGGACUUUGCAUCGUCGAUAUAUGGGCGUCGUGCCGCCGUCACCGAGAUCCGAGAAAUUCUUCGAUCCUAUGGCAAAAUUUCAUGUCGCUCACAGUGUACCUUAUGCUGGAUAUUUUCUGGGAAACUUCCUGCAAAUUCAAUUAUUCCAAGGAAUGUGCGAAGCAUCCUUGGGUCUGUCAGUUGGUUCCACGGCAUUCGAAUUACCUCUUCACAAAUGUGACAUUUAUAGAUCGAGGGAUGCGGGAAAGUUCUUGAGGUCGACGAUGAAACUUGGAAGCAGCGCAGACUGGAGACACGCACUACGUGUGAUAACGGGAUAUUCCGAAUAUCGUGUGGAGCCACUCUUAGCUUAUUAUGAGCCAGUUCGUGAAUGGUUACAACGCGAAGUCGAGCGUCAUAAGAUUCCAGUUGGUUGGGACUGAGACGAGUGAAAUAUCUCGAACUGUUUCUUCAUGUAAGUUUGUGCGCACUUAAUUUCUUUUAACGCACCCUUCUUGUAGAUGUAGUUAAAUAGCACUGCACCAAAUUAUAUUCCAUAGUCCGAUCUGUAAUUAGGAGAUUGCUUGCUCAUUCACACAUGUGUCGUCACAAACUAGACGAUUUCCUUGUACUCGACGAUUGUUGUAUUGAACCCAGACCUUCGUUCGUGAAAAUGUCGAAUUCCUCUCGACUCGUGAGAGCAUUACGAACGUCGUUCACUGUAAUUACUUUGGGGCAUCUGCGAAAUAUAAAAAAAAUGUAAUAUAGAACAGAUAAUAAUAUCAUGUAAUAAUGUCAUACAACAAGAUAUAUGAAAAACA